GGUGGGUGUGGCUUAUCUGCCACCUCAAAUCACCUGUGGCAUGCAAAUGUUCUCAUUUAGUAUCUGCACCUGUGAAGACAUUGAGAGGCAAUCCUGCUCUAUGGUUUAAUUUCAACACCCCACCAACAGAACCAGGAUAUAAUGUUUGCAGAAGAAAAGGCCAAUUUAAUAUUUACGCAUUCCUGACGCCGUACACAACCAGCAUGGAAAGACACCGGGGACCUCUGAGGACUUGUCAAGAAAGAAUGGGAACUGCAUGGGGAGAAAAUUCUAGAUAACUGACAGAAGUUUGCUACAACCAUCAGAGCAACUGAACCUCUAAUCUGAAGUCCAUGGCACGCUCCAGGUGUAAUGGAAAGAUCCUAUGUCUGUGUCUCUUGCCUUGUGUGAUGGUAAGUCACCUGUUGAUCUACAUCAUGGUGUCCAUAUUUGUAGCCGUAUCCUACUCCCCUCCUCUACCGCAGCAGCUCCCCCUCCAUUUCAUUGCCACCGGAGCCUCUUCAAACUCGGGAGCUCUUGCAUCCCAUCCAGUUCGGCCCUUCUGGAAUCUCAGAUUAGAGGACGGGGCACUGUGGAACCGCCUCCAGCACAUUUGGGACAGAGAACACAACCCCAUAUUGAGAGGUAACUACACAAGGUACAAAGGUCCAAGCCUUGAUGCAAUACAACCCCAAGAGAUGGGAAAAACUGGUGCUUGUGAACAAAACGAGACUUGGGCGUCUCACCUGCCCGAUUUUAACACCCUUCCAGAACAAAUGAAGGAUUUUGUCCUGUCCAUGCACUGUAGGCGUUACGCUAUCCUUCUGGACCAACCCAACCUGUGUUUCGGGCAGGACUCUGAAACGCUGUUCCUUCUGAUGGCGAUUAAGUCACAAGUUGGAAACUUUGAGAACAGACAGGCCAUCCGAGAGACAUGGGGAAGGAGCGGCUGGAUCCAAGGGGACGGCAGAGGAAGAGGCUGGUUCAUACGCACUGUCUUCUUGCUUGCGAGGCAGGACACAGAGACAGGGCCUCAUCCGGACCUGAGUGCCCUAUUGAAGUUGGAGAGCAGCACCCAUAAGGACAUCCUGCAGUGGGAUUUCAAAGACACUUUCUUCAACCUCACCCUGAAGGAUGUCCUCUUCUGGGACUGGUUUUCACAACACUGCCCUCAUGUCCACUUCAUUUUCAAGGGAGAUGAUGAUGUGUUCGUUAGGACUAAGGCUCUGCUGGACUACUUAGACCAUGUUGGAGUACAAAAAACACUUCAAAAUAAAAUGAAAGGAUGGGACGAUUUCAUUGUAGGGGAUGUUAUUGCCAAUGCCUGGCCCAAUCGGCAGCCUUAUACUAAAUAUUACAUACCCGAAAGCUUCUAUAAGGGAUCGUAUCCCGCGUAUGCAGGAGGUGGAGGGGUGGUUUACUCUGGUGCUUUGGCCAUGCAUCUGCAGGAGGUCUCACGUUGGGUCAGCUUGUUUCCCAUUGACGAUGUUUACUUAGGAAUGUGCCUUCACAGGCUCGGCGUAUCCCCCACUCAUCAUUCGGGUUUCCUCACCUUCGACCUUCCAGAGGAUCUGCGGGAAAAGCCGUGUGCAUAUCAUAAUGUUCUCCUAGUGCAUAAACGCACCCCAAAAGAAAUGUUAACUCUGUGGAAAGAGCUGCUGGUUCCUCCACAGGAGUGCUAGUGUAAAGCAGGGCAGCUUGUUCAUAAAUUCAAAUGAAGGUAAAUGAUG